AUGGCAGAAUGGCUAAAUUUUAGUCCUGAAGAAUCCAGUAUUGAAGAGGAGUUUAACAGCAAGUUGCGUGAAGUAUAUGACCGUGAUGGAUUAAAAGGACUAAACGAGCAUGUAACGAGUAAGCUGGAUAGAUGGAAACAUGAAGAGAUAACAAUUGCAGUAACUGGAAACAGUGGAGUUGGUAAAUCUAGCUUGAUCAAUGCUUUACGAGGUAUAGAUCAAUCUGACGAAAAUGCAGCAAAGGAAGAUGUAACUGAAACAACCAAAUAUCAUUUUGUUGUGAUCGUGUCUGCGCGUCGAUUUACAGAAAACGAUGCUGUGAUUAUUAAAGCGCUACAACAAUUGAAAAAGCCAUUUUUUCUCGUGAGAUCAAAUAUUGGAGCAGAUGUGUACAAUCAGAGGAAAAUACAAAAACGAAAGAAAGUUCUAGACAAGAUUCGCCAAGAUUGUCUUUCAAAUCUACAUGAGCUAGAAGUUAAAGCCAACGACGUAUUUCUUGUUGACAGUCACGAACACCACGAUUUCGAACUCGGAAAACUGCAGAUAAGUAUUGCCAACAAUGCACCUGAAGCCAUCAAAGCUUCGUUAAUCUUCAGUUAUGGAAACAUGUCAAACGAGGUCAUCGAAGGGAAGAUUGAACACUUUAGGAGUCGAACGAUGAGUGUAGCAAUAAAAGCAAUGGCAUCUGCUUUACCAGGGGCAGGCUACUUGAUGAAAGUGGAUGUCAUUACUGAUGAAAUAACUUUUUACAAAGAGGAGCUUGGUCUUGAUGACGCAUCCCUUGUCAAAACAUGUGCGAUUCUAGGUGUUGAUAUGACAGAAAUUAAGAAUAUGAUAUCGUUCACUGAUUUGGAAAGCUUUGAGGAUGAGAUAAUAAAAAUGCUUCAAUGUGACAAGCUUGAACUUAGACAGUUUUGUUUAGGAUUCAUGCUUGUAAGUAUUAAAUCUACACUAGCAGCGUUAGCAAAGUCCUAUAAAAAGGUAAGCAACACACUAUGUAAAAUUGUGGAUAUCUUACAUCACGAAGCACUGGAAAUCCGUAAACGUAUUCUCGAGAAAACACGACAAUAA